AAAUUCAAAAUUCAUUACGCACCAAACACACCAACAAUAUACACUAGCAACAACAACAACAAAGCAACAGCAACAACUAAGAAGCGGCGCGUGUCAAGUACAAAGUGCGGUCGAAAUUCUUAUUUCUUCUCACUUUCAGUGCGACUCUGUGUGCAAAAAGUCUGUGCGUGUAUGCGUGUGACUGUGUGUGUGUGUGUGCGCUUUUGUGUGUGUGUACGCUGUUGUUGCUGUGUGAGUAAAAUCUCAAAUCUCGUAAUCGUAAUCAACGUAUAACGCAAAUAACGUGCAACAAGAGCAGCCAGCGCACAGCUGACAUUCAAAAAUUGAUUCGUCGCAAGAGAAAUAAUUCAAACAAGAGCUAGAAGAAGAGGAGGAAUCAGCAUUUGUAAUGCAUCCACGCUAUAGCCCAGCCCCCCCGCCUCUCCAUCAGCAGCAGCAGCAGCAGCCGCCGCAGCAGCAGCAGCAGCAAAUGGGCGGGCCCCAUCAGCAGCAGUCGGGAGGCGUUGGGCCCGGAACUGGACAUGGCGGCGUUGGAGCUGCCGUUGGAGCUUCCAAUGCUGGCCACAUGAGAGCGCCACCAAAUUCGCAGCAAUUACCGCCGCCGAUGCCGCGAUCACAAAAUUAUGCAAAUGGCUCGUCCAGUGCCGCUAGCGUCGCAGCCGCACCGCCAACGCCUCGCAGCGCUUUCCCGGGCGCACCGUUGACCGCUUCAGCCGUUGCACUCAAAGGCGCCAUACCACAGCGUCCACCGGCCAUGACUAGCCCAGCUGCUGCUGCUGCUGGCGCCGCUCUAGCAGCUGGCGCCCCCUAUCGCGGUGCAACCAGCUGGACACCGCAGGGCUAUGCCCCCGCUGCUGCCGCCGCUGCCGCUGCGGUCGCCCAGCAGGCCUAUCGCUAUACGGCACCAUUGCCCCAGCCGGCUUAUGCCGCCUAUACGCCGCACACGGCCACCACACCGGCCACAACCACGGCUUACCAGUGGGUUAAUCAGCUCAGCACUUUGGAGUACGGCCAGCGUGUGCCAACUGCAGCUUCACCGAGUAACACAAACUCGAGCAGCUCAUCGAACACGGGCUCCCAGAGCGGCACACUGAGCACCAGUCUGAGCAACACGACAAACACAAACACCACCAUGGGUCCCAACGGUACGGCACAGAAUCAAAAUCAACAGGGCGGCGAGCAGUUGUCAAAGACAAAUCUCUACAUACGUGGACUGCAGCAAGGCACAACCGACAAGGAUCUAAUUAAUAUGUGUGCACAAUACGGAACAAUAAUAUCAACCAAGGCUAUUUUAGAUAAAACAACAAACAAAUGUAAAGGUUACGGCUUCGUCGACUUCGAGCAGCCAGCCUACGCUGAGGGCGCCGUCAAGGGACUGCAGGCGAAGGGCGUGCAAGCUCAGAUGGCCAAAGUGGGUAUCUGGGUGCUUCAUAGGCCGGCCAUUCAACAGGAACAGGAUCCCACAAAUUUGUAUAUAGCAAAUUUGCCACCACACUUUAAAGAAACCGAUCUGGAGGCAAUGCUAGCGAAAUAUGGCCAAGUUGUAUCCACCAGAAUAUUGCGUGAUCAGCAAAUGAACUCAAAGGGCGUUGGCUUCGCACGCAUGGAGAGCCGCGAGAAGUGCGAACAAAUUAUACAAAUGUUUAACGGUAACACAAUACCGGGUGCCAAAGAUCCGCUAUUGGUCAAAUUCGCCGAUGGCGGUCCCAAAAAGAAGAAUCUCUUCAAGACGCCCGAUCCGAGUGCUCGCGCGUGGCGCGACGUCUCCGCCGAGGGCAUACCCGUUGCCUACGAUCCGAGCAUGCAACAGAAUGGAGUCAGCGUCAACGUUGGCACACCCAUCGGUGUGCCGUACUCUCGCUUUGGUGCACCCCAGGUGGGCGGUUAUCCGGUCGCUGGAUCGCAAUGGAUACCCGGCUACAUGAUGACACAGCCGAUCACUCAGGUAGAUGAUCAGUAUUCCUCCUCUGCGUUGCAGUACAUGCAAAUGGCUGCCGCUCCCCAAUUGGGCGUCACCUCGUACAAACCGGAGGCUGUUAAUCAGGUGCAACCACGCGGCAUCUCGAUGAUGGUCAGUGGCGAUACGGCUGUGCCAUAUGGAACAAUGAUGCCACAGUUGGCCACCCUCCAAAUUGGCAACUCUAAUUUUUCUCCAUCGUUACAGUAUAUUAGUCCAACUUAUCCAUAUUAUGCACCACCACCAACUAUUAUACCAACAAUGCCAAUGACAGAUUCCGAACAGGCUAGCACAGCUGCAUCACCCGACGAGGCAUACACACAGUAUCCACAUCAAGCCGCUCCCAAAUAGGUCUUCGCGAGUAUAGUUACUAAGCAGCCUAAACACUGGUAAUACAUACUAGAUAUAAUAUUUUAGUACCCCAUUUGAGUACUAUAUGAUGGACGCGAUCGAAGGCUAGCGACGGGAGCAUUAAGCGCUGGAAUAACAACCACAACAACAACAACAACAACAAUAUUAACAUUAACAACUACAC